UUCUAAUUCCAUGCUUGCAUUUUUUUCCCCUCUCUCAUAAUUAUAUCUUCCUCUUUUUAUUUUUGGAUAAAAUUAUGUGUCUUCCCUGUCUACUUUAUUUUAAAUCUUGAUAUGCAGGAUUACAUGACAUUAGGAAACGAAGUUAGUUCAAUAUCCACCAUGAUCAGAUUUCUCUAAUCUUCUGAAUGGUGGGUCAUUUGCUCUAUAUAUAUUUUUUUUUACUAUUAAUUUCUCUUUCUACUUUUUAACUCGUCAUUCAUCAUUAUCUAUCUAGUCAUUCAUCUAGCUUGUUUGCAAGAAAACAUUUUUUUUUUCCCUGUUGAUUGGUUUUAAUUGGGUUUUACAGCUAUAUAUCAUCUUAAUUUUUCAUUCUUUUGAAAGUUUAAAUACUUUUGCACGAUGCAACAAAACAAGGUAUAUCCGAGAUGAUUUCUUCUUUACUUAAUUUUUUGGAUAAAUGUUUGAUGAGUUUUUUUCCACUUUCUUUAGGGAUGUGAUCAGAGAAUAAUUCCAAUAGGUCAGUUCAUAUGUGUGGGCAAAACAAUUUUUGACAGAAGACACAAGAACAUCAAAGUGAAAGUUAUCCUUUAGAGAAAUUUGGCUUAAUUUCCAGGUCGCAUAUGCAACUGUUUGAGCCCUAUGGCAUUCAGUUCCAUACGUCCCUCAAAGUUCCAAUUUUUUGUUUGUUUUUUUGUUUAUAACUUAGAUGUCCAAAACUCUUCGAGCAAUCUAUUUCAUUAGUUGUAGUGCUCCAUUCCACACACACCAAAUAAUUACGGUCCCCAACAUAAGGCAUUAUUGACUUCACUAGAUCUUGAAAAAGACUAGACCAACCUCAAUUCAUAGUUUCAACAUUCUUUAGUUAAUGAGGUAGCCACCGCCAUAGUGUUAGUAUGUAGCAUUGUAAUUCUCUUCGCAAAUGGUGCUAGUUUAGUGGUUUUCCUUUUAUCUUUUUGGUUUUCAUUAGUGCCCAUACCCAACUUUUGCCUCUGUAGCUGGGCGUCUCCAUCCAUAAAUACGCUUCUUGAGGGCGUGUGUUCUCCACACCUCUCCAUUUCCUCCUCCUCAGUACCUCCUUCCUCAGCAACUAAUUUAGCUAGUUCCCAACCUUUUCCCUUUUUUUUUUGUCAUGGCAUCCAACAUCCAAACAUCCCUGAAUGGUGCUAAAUUCACCAUUCCCACCACUCAUGACCUGGAGCAAUCAACACUAGAGAUAGAAAGCAAGGAAUUUGAUUACUCGAAAAGAUCCCAAUGGUUACGUGCGGCUGUGUUAGUAGCCAACGAUGGGCUGGUCUCAACAGCUUCAUUGAUGAUGGGAGUUGCAGCUUCGUUCAUAAAAGAGUAUAAGGUAAGAGUGGAAGUGAUGGUGGGUGCAGUAAGCUCGGCUUUGGUGGUGUUUGGGUGGUUGGGUGCUAUGUUAGUAAAGGCACCAUUGCUUAGGUCUGUACCGAGGGUUCUGAUUGGAGGUUUGCUUGCUAUGACUAUAACUUUUGGAUUAACCAAACUGAUUGGAUUAAGUGGGCUGUAAUAUCAGACCCCAACUUCUUCCAAUCUUAGAUUGUGUUUGCCUGAUGGGAUAUGUAAUGCGUUCUUUUCCCUUUCUUUUGUAACUUUGUUCCCUUUCCCCACUCUUGCCAAAAGCUAUAAAAGUAGUUUAUCAUGGGUUAUGACUACCAUGCUUUGUACAA